CUGCGCGUGCUGGGAGCCGGCUGGCAGGGCGUGCGGUGGGCGGGGCGCCGCGCUGACGUUGCCCGGGAUGCGGACGGGUUCCGCCGCCUCCAGCGCCGCCGCCGCAGCUGCCGCUGCCGCCGCCGCCUCCGCCUCGCCUAUGACCGGGGUUUGUAUGAAAACACUAGGCGGCGGGCGGCAAGGGAUCCGCCGUGAUCCAGGUGCCGAGCCGGGUGCUGCGGCUCUGCGCGGUCCCCGCCAGCGCCCCAUCCUGAGCCGCCUUACCAGUAAUUCUAGGAUCGUGGGACUCCUGGCUCAGCUGGAGAAGAUCAAUGCUGAACCUUCAGAAUCAGACACUGCCCGAUAUGUUACAUCAAAAAUUCUUCAUCUGGUUCAGAGUCAAGAAAAAACAAGGAGAGAAAUGACAGCCAAAGGUUCUACAGGAAUGGAAAUUCUACUGUCAACAUUAGAGAACACAAAAGAUCUUCAAACUACACUUAAUAUCUUAAGCAUUCUUGUUGAGCUGGUGUCAGCUGGUGGAGGUCGAAGAGUGAGUUUCUUAGUCACCAAAGGUGGUUCACAAAUAUUGUUGCAGUUACUUAUGAAUGCCAGCAAAGAAUCUCCCCCACAUGAGGACUUAAUGGUACAGAUUCAUUCUAUUCUUGCAAAGAUUGGACCGAAAGAUAAAAAAUUUGGAGUAAAGGCUAGAAUUAAUGGGGCUCUGAAUAUAACCCUGAAUUUGGUCAAGCAGAAUUUGCAGAAUCAUCGCUUGGUUCUACCUUGCCUUCAGCUUUUACGAGUAUAUUCUGCCAACUCUGUGAAUUCAGUAUCCUUAGGGAAAAAUGGAGUUGUGGAACUGAUGUUUAAAAUCAUUGGACCAUUUAGUAAGAAGAAUUCCAGUCUUAUAAAGGUUGCUUUAGACACUCUUGCUGCAUUGCUAAAAUCAAAAACAAAUGCCAGGAGAGCUGUAGACAGAGGAUAUGUCCAAGUGCUUUUAACAAUUUAUGUAGAUUGGCACCGCCAUGAUAACCGGCAUAGAAACAUGCUCAUUCGGAAAGGAAUUUUACAGAGUUUAAAAAGUGUUACAAACAUCAAGUUGGGAAGAAAAGCAUUUAUUGAUGCCAAUGGGAUGAAAAUUCUGUAUAAUACUUCACAAGAAUGCCUGGCAGUCAGGACUCUGGAUCCUCUUGUCAAUACCUCCAGUCUGAUAAUGAGGAAGUGUUUCCCAAAAAAUAGACUGCCACUCCCAACAAUUAAAAGUUCUUUUCAUUUCCAGUUGCCUGUUAUUCCUGUGACUGGUCCUGUGGCUCAGCUCUACAGCUUACCCCCUGAAGUGGAUGACGUAGUAGAUGAAAGUGAUGACAACGAUGAUAUUGAUGUAGAAGCUGAAAACGAAACUGAGAAUGAAGAUGACCUAGAUCAAAAUUUUAAGAAUGAUGAUAUUGAAACAGAUAUUAACAAACUAAAACCCCAGCAAGAACCGGGACGAACAAUAGAAGAUCUAAAAAUGUAUGAACACCUUUUCCCUGAGCUUGUUGAUGAUUUUCAGGACUAUGAUUUAAUCUCCAAAGAACCAAAGCCUUUUGUAUUUGAGGGAAAAGUACGUGGCCCUAUUGUUGUUCCUACGGCAGGCGAGGAAACAUCUGGGAAUUCUGGCAAUUUAAGAAAAGUAGUAAUGAAGGAGAACAUAUCUUCUAAAGGAGAUGAAGGUGAAAAGAAGUCUACCUUUAUGGAUCUAGCAAAAGAAGAUAUUAAAGAUCAUGAUAGAACAUUACAACAGCAGCCAGGUGAUCAAAAUAGAACUAUUUCAUCAGUCCAUGGUUUAAACAAUGAUAUUGUAAAGGCCUUGGACCGAAUUACAUUGCAGAAUAUUCCUUCUCAAACAGCCCCAGGUUUUACUGCAGAAAUGAAGAAGGACUGCAGUCUUCCUCUUACUGUCCUUACCUGUGCUAAAGCAUGUCCACACAUGGCUACUUGUGGAAAUGUUCUGUUUGAGGGAAGAACAGUUCAACUAGGGAAGCUUUGCUGCACUGGAGUUGAAACUGAAGAUGAUGAAGAUACGGAGUCAAAUUCAUCAGUAGAACAAGCAUCGGUUGAAGUACCUGAUGGACCAACACUCCAUGACCCAGACCUCUAUAUUGAGAUUGUGAAAAAUACAAAGUCUGUCCCAGAAUAUUCAGAGGUGGCUUAUCCCGAUUAUUUUGGUCACAUUCCGCCUCCAUUCAAAGAGCCUAUUUUAGAAAGGCCUUAUGGUGUACAAAGGACAAAAAUUGCUCAAGAUAUUGAAAGGCUAAUACAUCAGAGUGAUAUCAUAGAUCGUGUGGUAUAUGACUUAGAUAACCCAAAUUACACCAUUCCAGAAGAGGGAGAUAUUUUGAAAUUUAACUCCAAAUUUGAGUCUGGGAAUCUGCGCAAAGUAAUUCAAAUUAGAAAAAAUGAAUAUGAUCUUAUUCUGAACUCAGACAUAAACAGCAAUCAUUAUCAUCAGUGGUUUUACUUUGAAGUCAGUGGAAUGCGGCCAGGUGUUGCUUACAGGUUUAACAUCAUUAACUGUGAAAAGUCCAACAGUCAGUUUAAUUAUGGUAUGCAACCACUCAUGUACUCGGUUCAGGAAGCAUUAAAUGCCAGACCAUGGUGGAUUCGUAUGGGGACUGACAUUUGUUACUAUAAAAAUCAUUUCUCAAGAAGUUCAGUUGCUGCAGGUGGGCAAAAGGGAAAAUCCUACUAUACAAUUACAUUUACUGUCAAUUUUCCACAUAAAGAUGAUGUGUGCUACUUUGCUUAUCACUAUCCAUAUACGUAUUCAACUUUACAGAUGCAUCUUCAAAAAUUGGAAUCAGCACACAAUCCUCAGCAAAUCUAUUUUCGGAAAGAUGUGUUAUGUGAAACCCUGUCUGGAAACAGCUGCCCCUUGGUGACUAUAACAGCAAUGCCAGAGUCUAAUUAUUAUGAACAUAUCUGCCAUUUCAGAAAUCGCCCCUACGUUUUCUUGUCUGCUCGGGUACAUCCUGGAGAAACUAAUGCAAGUUGGGUUAUGAAAGGAACGUUGGAGUAUCUCAUGAGCAAUAACCCCACUGCUCAGAGCUUACGAGAAUCUUAUAUUUUUAAAAUUGUCCCUAUGUUAAAUCCAGAUGGUGUCAUCAAUGGAAAUCAUCGCUGUUCUUUAAGUGGAGAGGAUUUGAAUAGGCAGUGGCAAAGUCCAAAUCCAGAUUUACAUCCUACAAUUUACCAUGCUAAGGGGCUGUUGCAAUACUUGGCUGCAGUGAAGCGUUUACCCUUGGUUUAUUGUGAUUAUCAUGGCCAUUCCCGAAAGAAGAACGUAUUUAUGUAUGGUUGCAGCAUCAAAGAGACAGUGUGGCAUACCAAUGAUAAUGCAACUUCAUGUGAUGUUGUGGAAGAUACGGGAUACAGGACAUUGCCUAAGAUACUGAGCCAUAUCGCCCCAGCAUUUUGCAUGAGCAGCUGUAGCUUCGUAGUGGAAAAAUCUAAAGAAUCGACAGCACGUGUUGUGGUUUGGAGGGAAAUAGGAGUACAAAGAAGUUAUACCAUGGAGAGUACUUUAUGUGGCUGUGAUCAGGGGAAAUACAAGGGUUUACAGAUUGGUACCCGAGAACUGGAAGAGAUGGGAGCAAAAUUUUGUGUUGGUCUUUUACGUUUGAAAAGACUGACCUCUCCAUUGGAGUAUAAUCUGCCUUCCAGCCUGCUUGACUUUGAAAAUGAUUUAAUUGAAUCAAGCUGUAAAGUAACUAGCCCUACCACUUAUGUUUUGGAUGAAGAUGAACCUCGAUUCCUUGAAGAAGUUGAUUACAGUGCAGAAAGUAAUGAUGAGUUAGAUAUUGAGUUGGCUGAAAAUGUAGGAGAUUAUGAAACUUCUGCUCAAGAAGAAGUAUUUUCUGACUCUGAAUUAUCAAGAACAUACCUACCUUGAGCCUGCUGCCAUCUCUUGUUAACUGCAAAGAAUAAAUGAAACAUCUUGGUUUUUAUUUCCCAGGAAGCUUGAGAGAAAUGAGUUUAUACAGAGCUGACUCAAAAAGACAAAGUAACUUGGGCCAGUUUGGCUUCAAGACAAUAAAUGUGUUAUUAAUUAAUGAUAAAAUUGGCACUUGUUUUAUUUUAGAUAUUCAGUGCACCUUAUGUAGCAUUGAAUGAUCAAAUAUUGGAUUUACCUUUAAAAAAACCUGAGUAUCAUUGCAUGAAUUUUUAUCUCCCUAUGGUUAUAUCCUGCAUCAAGUGGAUAAUUUUGAAGUGUGUUCAGAAUAUAAAAUUGAAAUUUUAGAGUUGUUGAAAAUCCUGACUUGUUGAAAACUAAUAUAUAUGUACAUGGAUUUCUAUAGAUGUGUUUGUUUAGAAGUGGGUAGAUAUUGAAGAUAAGACUGCUCUUCAGAAUCAUGUUAACUAUUGGGUUGUGACUGAAGUAAUCCAGGGUUUGCCUUGAAACCAUUACAUUCUACAUUUCCCAAAUUAAACAAAUAAAAACUGUAUUAAAUGUUGCA